ACACGGUCACCAUUUUUUGUUGAACUGUUUAUACUAGUUCACAUAAUCAAAACGCGUAUAUAGCAUUAGCAAUAAAGCAAUAAAGCAAUAAAGCAAUAAAGUCGUUAGUUUAUAAACGAUAUGCUGCACUCGUGUAUGCAGAAAGGAACUAAUUUUUAGUCGAUAUUAACAGUCCGUUUGUGUUCACAGACAUGGAGUUGAAUUGGGAUCAGACUCCUGUCGCAGACCUGGGCCCUUUCUCUAAAGAUGUCUUUGAUCAGUUCUCUCUUGCACCCACCAUAAAGGAGCUCUGGGCCAUGUUACACAGCCCUGAUGAAAAAGCCAGUUGUGCUCAACGUAACAAAGGCACACCGCAGACCAGCGUCAGACAAGGCCAAAAAAAUUCAGACUGCAAAGAAGCUCUUCCUGAAUAUCAGUAUAAAGUUUCUGAGAAUACAGAAAAAAAAUUCUUCCUUAAUCCAAGAGUGCCUUACCCCUGCUUCUCCUCUCUCAACCGCAAAGAAAGAGUGAUGUGUAUAAACACCCUUAAGAACAACAAGCAGUCCACGGCUCCUCAGAGUUUAAUAGAGAAGGUGAAUACCGAGGUGGCAGAGUUUAUGAAGUACCUGCAAGAUGUUUCUAAAGUGUGCGCUGAUGAUUAUAACUUCAUGCCCCCGGGAGCUGCUCGAUAUUCCGAGGAGUAUUUUCAACAUUGCUUGGAGCACAUGAGACACUACCCACAAGUGUACAGUAUUCAAGAAAUCACCAGUUUAACAGGCGGGAAAUUUGUCUCUGAUAUUUCGCUCAACUUUGAGAAGCAGCUGCUUGCGAUGGGCACCAUAGAGAUGGUCGAAAAACGAAUGCUGACACAAAGCACACAGCUACCAACGGAUUAUGAGUCCAUUUCAGCUGUGAACCCUCCAGAUAAAAAAGCUGCUCGUUUCCACACACCUAUCAGCAGCGACACAAAUGCAGAAAAGCUCAGUGCUACAUUUGAGCCACAUGUGUGUCUAGCGAAAGAGGCCUUCUUCCAGCUGCUGAACAACAGUGUUGGGUUUACUGAGGCAUGGGAACUGCCAGUCUGUGUGAAAGUAAACCCUGCAAAAGGUAGCACUCGGAGUAAAACGGUGUACAUCGACCCUCCUCUGCUGAAGACGGAGAUGACAUGGAGAGAAAGAAAUCACCUCUUCCAUGAGGAGAGUGUAAAACUGGCCUACAAGAAGACCGGUUCGAAUCCUGUGUUUUUCCUCACAUCAGAGGACUACAACAAUAGAACUGGCUUUGCCACAGAGAAAGCAAGCAGCAGGCCAGUUGUUUCAUUCGAUACCAAUGAUCUAGAUUUCGAUGUGGAUUUAACCGACUUGGAAUCAUUUGGGGAGUCUUGUCAAGUGAAAAAGAAAGUAAAGGACAAUGAAUCGAAAACUCAAGUACCUUCUAAAAAUGAACCACUGGGAUUAUUCAAACCUAAAGUAGAAUUAGAUACAGAUAAAACAUCACACACAUUAACCAAUAUGACUUGCACACCUAAAGACAUUAUAUCAACACUUUCUACACCAGCAAAUGAAGACGAGCAGGAAGAAGCAGCCAGGCUGAGUGUAGAGGACAGCUCAGUGGACGAGAGUGCUGAGACUACUUUGAAUUCUGUAUCUGAAAAAAACCCCUUGAGUUCGACUGUGGAUGAGACUCCAGCCAAGCGAAUGAGGCGUUCCUCUAUGAACACUGAUUCUGAUGAGGAACGUCUCAUUAUCGAUGACCCAGACUCCCUACAGAGGAGAGGAGAGAAUGAGAACCAGGUGACUGUCCCCGAGACAUCCUCUGUGAGUGAUUUGAGUGUGCAAUUAAGUCCAAGCGGAUCUGCUAAAGGAGCUAAGAAAGGAGCCAAAAGGCCCAGAGUGUCAGCAGAUUGUGACCAACUAGGGCAUAUUUUACGAAUGCAGAACGCCAUGCUGAAAUCCACAGCGACUAAAAACCAAGAAUCUCCAAAAGCACCAGCUGCAGAUUCUCACCCAGCAGAGCCAAAACCCAACAUCCACCCUGUGUCUCUGGUCAAACCUAGCGUGUCCUCGUACCUGGACUUGGAAUACAGAGAAGGGCUGCAGAAUGAGGCUGCAGCUUCUGCCAUCUCUCAGCCCACGGCGCAAAGAAAACGGCUGCUGAGAGAGGAGCUGUUGGUGAGUGCUGAGGAUGAGGAGGACUAUGUAGCUCCUGAGGAGGGUAGCAUACUGUAUAAACUCUACAGUCUUCUAGAUGUGCUGCUGAUGGUGCGUAGCACUGUAUCCAUUGCUCAUCCCAGACAUGACCAAGAAACAUUCAGGGCUGUCCCUGUGCAUGUGCUGCCCAAGCUGGAGUACCAGCUGUGUUACGGAGUCGAGAGUCUGACCCAUACCGAGGCGUGCCAGCUGUGGGCUGAGCAGCAGCUUCACUCCAGCACGGUAUCUUUUAUAGGCCGGAUUAAUGCACACUCAUCAAAGGUAGUGCUGCUUCAAGAGCUCCAGCCUGACUGGAUCCAGAACACCUGUGAUUUCAGACCAGCCAGGUGCUUGAACACACUCCACCACAUAUUGAAAAAAGUCAUGAGCUUACAAGAGGGGAGAUAUCUGUUGGGCCACAAAUCUGGUGAUGCUUUUUUGACCAUAUUCAAAGCCAAUGAUGGAAAAAAGCCCACUCGGUGUGUCUAUGAACUCCAGGCUGUCCACUGUGGACCUCCUUUAAUCCCAGAGGCCAGAAUUCCCUGGGUUCCUGUGGAUCCCAACUAUCUCAUGCCAUUUCACAAGAAAUACUGUAGACCUCCAUGCACCUUUCCUCCACAUCCAUCCACGCAACCUAAGGCAGGAUGGUGCGGUGAAGCAAAGUGGGAUAACAGCACGACUACAUCUGCACCACCGAGGCAAGGAGCAACAAGGACGGCCAGUCAAAAGCGAAAGAAAAAUAAUAAAAAAAACAAAAACAGACAAAUACAAACAUGCAAACAGAAUGAAGAUGAAUGUGAAAAAAGUGAAUAAAUAAGUGAUGAGGACUAACAUCUGUUAAGUGAAGGAUUUGAGUCUGCAAACAUAACCUAAGCAAAGAAUAUGCUAAAUAUCCAGUAGAUCAUUUGUACUGUAAUUCUGCAUUUUUUUUUCAGUUAAGUUUGUUGUCUAGUUUUGCU